AUGAACCUGAAAUUUCUUAAUGAAGACGAUAAAGUUACUCAACUUGAGUUAAUGAACAAGGAAAAGUCUCUGGAAAUCGAAACUCUAAGGCUUAACCUUGGGUCUUCUAAGAAGGACUCCGAGGCCUUGAGACAUGACUUUGGGUCUUUCAAGAACGAGGCUACUAAGCCUACCAUUGGUGGCCAGCAAUGGGUUGAGUUGACUGCCGUCAAUAAAUCAACAGGCUUGCCAGCUACAUCACAGUCAGUUUUUUCUAACAAUGAUGGUCCAUCGAACGCAUCUGUGUUAUUUCCAAAGAUCGUGGCUAAUGCUAUCUCUCCAAACCAACCCUGUUUUGAUUACUCAUCAGCAAUCGAUUCUCAUGAUGAUGCCAUUGAUAAUUUUAUUUUACCAAGAAAUAAAAAAGUCAAGAGAUCUGUUGGUUCCCCCAAAUCUACUCAUGUUAACAAAUCCACAGGUAACGUCGACCUCUGUGAUAAACAGUUUAUUGAAAGCCACUUGAGGGACAAAAAUGUCAUCUUCUUUGCCUGUUAUCCAGUUCUAAAAAGGAAAAAUCUUGAUGAUCCUCCUGUUGAUGAAACCACUAAAUCCACAGUCUUCAAGAUUGUUGUGCCAGUGGAUGAAUCAUCUAAAUUACUCAACCCUGAUAUUUGGCCACGGUACACGUUUUUUCGUCAAUGGGACUUUUCCAGAUCAAAGAAGAGUUUAGAUGUUUUAUCAAACAACAAACCAUCUGACCAUGGCAGUUCCAAGUGA